AUGGCUAUAAAUGGCCAUACUUCACCAGAGCCAGACUCAGAAACAAUCAGCAUCUACAAUGCAAAAUCCGUUUCUGAGAUCCGUGCGGCCCUAGCCGAGCUACAUCACAAGGAGGCCACGGUGACCACUCAGUUAGACGCCCUGAUCAAUGGACAGAAAGACCUCCAACGAGAACUUGGACGUCUUGAUCUUUUUCGUGCCAAUGCCACCACUCAGGCAUCUAAAGCCCGGGCAAUAAGCAAUGGCAUGUUAUCAGACGCCGCUGCCAAUGCGAAACGAAUUUCAAACUCUGUCAAGCGGCUUGAUCUCGAGCAGGAACGCGUCAAAGCCACUUUGACGGUCGUUGAGCAAGUAGGAGAAUUGAAAGCAUGCGUGCUCGGUGUCUCAGGCUCCAUGGGUGCGGCUCAAGACUGGGAAACGGCUGCAAGCUAUCUGAGUCGAGCCUCGAAAAUCCCCCGGGAGGUCAUUGACGGACCGUUCGCCGCCAGAGUUGUCCCAACGGCAGAAGUACCAGAUUCACCUGCCGUUACACUUGAAGCUGCCUCAGAAUCUCUUUGCAAUCUGUUCUUGAGAGAGUUCGAAAAGGCAGUCAAGGACAAUGACGGUGCUAGAAUCACUCGUUUUUUCAAGUUGUUCCCUCUCAUUAGCCGAUCAGAUGUCGGGCUUGACGUGUACGGUCGUUAUGUCUGCCAAGGUGUGGCCAGUCGUGCCAGGACCAAUCUCAACGCUGGCACUGGAGGAAAUCAGAGCAAAGACGGCUUUUUUUAUGCCAACGCAUUGACCAAGUUGUUCGAGCAUAUUGCCCAAAUCAUUGACGGUCACGGUAGUCUUGUUGAACACCACUACGGUCCUGGAAAGAUGACAAGAGUCAUCGAGCGUCUACAGGUCGAGGCUGAUAUGCAAGGAGGCAUUAUUCUCGACACCUGGGCCGACGAGCGAAGAAUCGACCGGCAGCUCACCGACAUCAGAUCAUACGCGUUCAUGUUCCUCGUCCAGAGUUUCAUGCCCGCUCAACGAGGCGCAGCGGGCACUCCACGGUCAAACUCCCCUGCGCCAGGACGAGCCAGCGAAGAUGAGUCGGUCGACAUGAAACAAGUCGACGCUCUCUUGAAUGAGAUGGCACUGAUGCUCGGAAAAUGGUCGCUGUACACCCGCUUCGUGGCCAACAAAUGCCACAACCCAUCCAAAGGUGGCGAGGACGAAACACCGGAAGUCCCACCAUUCCUCAUCAACUCGAGCCUGAUGAAGAAGAUCCAAGACAAGGUCCUCACACCUUUCAACACCAUGACGACUUUCUUUUUCCGUCGCUCCGUGGAGAAAGCCUUCCAGCUCGACGAAUCACCACCGGAUCUCUCCCUCAACCCUCAUCGACCACUCAACUCGAACCCACCACACGUGACCUCCGCAAUCGAAGACAUCAUGUACAUUGUCAAUAAGAUCCUCCAGCAGUCGCUGGCAACCUCUCAAAAAGCCGUCGUCGCCAACGUCAUCCCCACUCUCGACCGUAUCCUCAACUCGGACUUCAUCGGCAUGGAGCAGCGCAAGAUGCGGGACGAGAGCUAUCCGAAAUCCGCGAUCCCAGGACAACUCCCGCCAGAAGCAACCAUCGUUUCCUUCCUGGUACUGAUCAACAACCUCGACGUCGCAAAAGACUACGUCGACCAGAUCGUGCGGGCCCGGACACAACCAACCACCAACUCAUCACACCAACUACUCGAAGACCUCUACCCGGCGCCUGGCGAAGCUGCCACCGUCUCCCUCACCCUGACCGCGAUGACCAGCUCGUUCGCGGAGAAAUCCUCAGCUGUGAUCACCGACGCCAUCGACGUGAUCAACACGAACGUGAUGCGGCCGCGGCUGCGACCGAUCCUGAUGGACGCGUUCCGCGACACAGACUACAACCUGAGCAAAGAGCAGCUCUCGGACCUGGUGCAACAAGGUCUGGAAACCUCGGACGGCGUAGCCACCCACGGGGACAACGACAGCUAUUUCUCUGACGAGGUGCGCAUGCGGUUCCAACUGGGCUGGGACGCGCUGACGAAGCCGAUCGGGCGCAUCAUGACGGAGCGCACGUUCGACACGCUCCUAGGGCUUGUGAUCGCGCGGCUCGCCAAGUUGAUCGAGAGCCGCCUGUGGACGUACCAUGGACGGGUCAAUGAGGUGGGUGCGUCGCGGCUCGAGCAUGAUGUCAAUGAGAUUGUCAAGGUCGUGGUGAAGGGCCAGAAAUAUUCGUUCCGCGAGGCCUUCUUGCGCUGCACCCAGAUCUGCAUGAUUAUGAACAUGGAUGAUGAUGAGUGGGAGGAGACGCUCGAGUCCGGUGGCGAGGUCGCUGACAAGUUGAAGCCCGAGGAGCGGGUUAGGGCUAGGAGUAUGGUCAAGGAGAGUGCUUCAUAG